GAUCAAGCGAACAAGCUUGUCCUGACAUCAUCGAUGGGCGCCAAUGCAAGCCCGUCCUAGCUCCGACUACGGCGAAGACGAUCUUGACCUAUCUGCUCUCGACUGGGACGCGUACGCUCACUGCCAGCCAAGCAGAGAGGCACGAUCGGUGUCCGGUCAGAUUGAGAUCGAAUACGAGCGUGACGAUCUCGAGCCGAAAAGCGACGUUCUGCUAGACUUGCUAGGGGAGACAGGUCCAGCGUCAGACAUGGCACUGCAGGCCACCAAGGAGGGAGCGAGACGAUCACUCUUUGAGCGGUUCAGAUCAAGAGGCAGUUUAAGCGCUACUGACUUUUCCGGCCCGUCCUGGUGCGAAUAUGCCUUCAUCUAUGGCAUGCUCGGAAAACGCUGGUUACCUGUCGCAGAACGUCCAACGUCUAUCAUCACCCAGCAAGGCAAUACAGUCAAGAUCGACCAAAAACAGACUGUGCGCCAACAAAAGAUCCUUGAUGCAGGCGUUGCGACUCAUCUGAAGCUCGAACGGAAAGUUCACCCCGAAGUCGUCAAGAUUGAAACGACGAGCAAAGUCGAUGCGAUCGCAUUGAAAUUAUACAGACUUAUCGCAGCACUAGAUUCCCUGCUAAGAAAUGGUCACACGCGCGAGUUCCCACUGUUCGGUCGGCUGGACAAUUUCAUCGUUCUUGGCGUGGCGGACGAGAUCAAACGCGAACCAAUCUUGAAACACACCACAAAGACUGGCACGAAGCGCAAGGGCAGGAGAUCAGAUUCGUCUGCACAGCAAGACAGGACGUUGCACCAGUUCUUCUCACUGCAAGCAAAGCCGGAGGACAAGCCUGCCGCGCCGCCUGUACCUACCCAUCGCUGCCUACUGACAGAUACCAAGACGCGCGCGAAGAGUACCGCGCUCCCGGCUGAGCCAAUCAGAAAGGCGUCAGAAAUGCAGCUCAUGAUUUAUAAGAGGCUCUUCGACGAGCUCAGAGACGACAAGAUGCCUUGGGACGACUACCUUGCACUGUUCAGGCUAGAGCGCGAGUCCGCCUUCAGUGAAGAAUUUGGCAGAGACAUGAACGCUCUGAUUGGCUCUGCUGUCGAGACCGAAGCUCUCCAACGAGCAAAGACGCUAGGCGAUCUCAUCAAUUGUAUACGGAUCUACUUUGGCCAGCUGGAGCCGAUCGACCCAAAGCUGCAGCUCAUCUACUGCUUGCGCCAGGCUCUGGAUUCACCUGCCUCCAGUCCUGCUCCUGAGGAGCCGGAGAUGCUAGCGAAACGACCUCGCACGAGAGCGCAAGCAGCGGAAGCGCAGCUCUCUUCCGCUGAACCACCCAUCGCUAGGUCGAAAAUGAGCACUUCGGUGGGCAAAGAGAUUGGCCGUCAUACAUUCAAAUACGACGCGGACAGACUGCAGGCGCUCCUGUGCGAUAGAGGUCAAUUCUGGCGGUCGGAGAGGGAACCGAGAGGCGUCAGUAUCGAAGAAACGAGGAAAUGUCACUAUUGCGAGUUUUACAAUGACUGCGAAUGGCGCAAUGCACAGGCAGAGAGACUGACUGCCGAUAUCAGGAGUGCGAAAGCCGAAGCUGAGCGCAAGAGAGCACAAGUCAUCGCCGAUGCGGCGCUCCAGAGGCAAACGGAUGCAGAGACCCGGGCGGCAGAAGAGGCAAUUCUGUUGGAGCAUGAGCUGGUCCGCACGACCGCAGCAGCUGUAUCGACUACGUGAUUUUUUGUAUGUUGCUCGACUGUGCACCAUGUGUCGCACCUUCAAUGUAUCACUUGAACGCGUCUCGGUGACUU